GUUCGUCGGGCGAGAUCGAUAAACGGUAGUGUUACGAGAAACAAGCAACCGCUUGCGCACAGCGAGCAGCGCGCUUUGCAUUGAGAAAAAAGAAAGAAAGAGAAGAAAGUAAAAAGAAAAAUGAGUACGGUAAUCUAUCAACAACGAUAAACCGUUGAAACGAAAACGGCGGCAGUGGCGUCAGUGUUAUACCGUAUAUUAACGUAACCGUGACGUGUUAAGUCGGUGUCUGUGAAAUAACGUUACAAAGUAUCGCUCUUAUAUACGUUUAACGCAUGAUACGCUGUGCAUGAGAAAGUAGGAAAGCUUCUAUAUAGAAGAAGUUAACGUUUAUGCUAUCUGUUGGUGUUGCGUGCGGUUCAGCUAAAAUACCGAAUACAUACAAGUGCAGGUAUAUCAUCGAAUCGUCGUCGUCGUCGUCGUCGUCGUCGUCGUCGUCGUCGUCGGUCUCUUGAUUCGCACGCUUUCCUUUUUCUUCUAUCCUCAGGGGCGUUUCAUUCGGUGAAAUUAUAUCUCUUACUGUUCCCUUUCUGAUCGUUGACAUUAACGUUAAACCGUGUCGAUUGUCACUUACAAGUACUUACAUGUUUUACAUGGUCUGUGGUUAUUGGAAUGCACCCGUUUCGUCUAUUUUGUCGAGAUCCAAGAAAGCGAUAGCGUACCAACGAUAAGAGACUGUUUUUCCGCCUAAUAUUACAUCCAAUGAAUGUCCAUUGAACAAACUUUGGGAAACAUGGUGUGCCUGCUCGACGAUACGAUCACUUAACAGGAUCGUUCGAUCGAUCAUAAAAGUGAUCGAUUUACGAAACUACAUAUUCCAGGAUGGGUGCACCCCAAACGGAAUAUGCGUUCCUCUUUUAUUGAAGAUGAAACUGUUUCGAGGAAGAAAAGACACGUCGGCGACAGUGAGGAUGACAAAACGGUAACGGUGCGAAACCCAAUAGAGAAUUCGUACUUUAAGAAGGUAAAGAAAGGAGAAGAGGAGAAAAGAAAAGGAAUAAAAAGGGUAAAAAAGUGUAUGUUGUGUAAGUUUAAGAGACGUAAAGCAGAAGGGUAGAUACGGAAGAAGAAUAAAGAAGCCCCGAUAAUGAAGGAGCACGGAAGCAAACUUCCGGCGGAACGGCCUGCGAAGAUCCUCAAAUCGUUGUUAAAAAAGCCUGGUCAGUCAAAGAGCAGGUCGCAUAAGAAUAGAGUUGUAAUAAACGAAAAGUUGAACGAAUUUUUCGCGGCCGAUUAUAUAAUAUUAAUAAAGGAAGAAUGCUGUGCCGAUGAUUACGAGGAAGAAUGCGAUUGUUGUUGUCAAGAACACGAACUAAUACGAUUAGGAAACUGCAAGGAAUGUCGAGCUGAAUUUAACCUGCACUUUGGUGUCGCGAAUAACGGUAGGUAUCACGAUGUAGAAAGGGACGAUGAAAUAAUACGCGAGAACGCGGUACAAACGGAACAAAUCUCCAACGAUGAGGAAUUUGGUUGCGUACAAUUGCAUCUUCAAGACGAAGAAGAGGAACAGGAAGGGUACGAGAUAGAGACGGAAGGUGACGACGAUGAGAUCGAAGAUGACGGACGAGUAGUCGCCGAGUACCUUCUCGACGGAGGGAGCAGAGAAAAUGAACAAGUGACAGAGACGAUCGAGGUGAGAAAGGGACAUGCCGACCAAUUGGAAGAGGGGGAACUGAACGAAGUGAACGGAAAAGAAAAAUUUGGAAAAGAUAGCGAAGCCUCGGAAGUAGAAAAUCAAACAGAAACGAACGUACGUGGUAGAAAGAAGCGCGAAAGAAUCGAUAAUGAAAUCGCUGAAUCAGAUGCUUACGAGACAAAUACACCUGUCGAAACGACCAUAACCGCAAUAUCAUCGUUACUACCACCUUCAACACCGCAAUCGUCACCGCCGCCGUCACCGUCGCCGUCGCCGUCGCCGUCGCCACCACCAGCAUCACCCUUGUUAGAUAGGCCAUCGUCACCGGUUGCGCGACAGGACCAUCAACAAGAGACACUGAGUCCGCCGGAAGGUUACAAAGAUAUUUAUUCGAAUGAAAAGCUAUCGAAUGUAGUGGAAUGUUGUUUACAAUCGUCCCUGGAUUACCUUCAUUGUCAAGAUACAACAGAUAGAAAUGUUGAUCAAGAAUUGAUCUCUGUUAACAACGAAACGAAGACAAACCAUAAUGAGGAGAAGAAAGUGCAAAGAACGAUCGAGCAACAGUUGCAGCAACGUUCGGCGACGACUAGCGAAUCGAGGCAUCGUUAUCUGGUGGAAACGAUAACCAUGACGACGGUAACCGAACGGCGUAUCGUACGCGAGAUCAGCGAAGAAGAGGGAAAGGAACGCAUGGUUGUCCGUAGUAGUCAGGAUGUCGUCGAACCACAGGAUGAGAGAAAGUAUUCUGUCGCUGAAGCGACCACGAUUGAACGCACGAUGGACCAACGGAACGCGAUGGAUGACAACGAUUCGAGCGAAUACAUCGUACGUAAAGGAGAAAUUCGACGAGAAAUAAAUUCUGUCGUUGCCGAUGAUCGUUCUACGCGGCAGAUGUUAUCGAGGAAAACCUCGGUGACUGGUGGUACCGAACAAGACUUUGUCGAUACAUCGUCGGAUGCGAAACAACUAUCCCUCGUAUUUAAACUUGCUAAUUCUUCUUUAGCCGGUAACAAUAGUCUAAAACCAAAUUCUGCCGUUAGACAAUUAUUUCCUAAUCCAAAAUUCGUUUCGCCACCACCGGCACCACCCGCUAAAUCAAUCUCAUCCACAAAUUCUAUGGACGAUCCGGUAAAUGCUUCGGGACUAUUUUCGAACGCAGACAGUUUACGUUUCUUCGAGGGUACGAAACCAACGCUCUUCUCCGACAAUCAAAAGUAUUCCUCCAGCGACGAAUCGAAUCCACUUAGAAGAACAAUCGAAAGAAACACGCUUCGAAGAAGUCUUCUCGAUAAAUAUCGUUCCAAUUCUCGUAAGAAAAGUUUACCGUCGAAAAAUUUAUCUCUCGAAGAACGAAUACGACAACUUACUUGUGUAGAUCAUGAAAAUGACGAGGAUAUUUGUCAACGAUCAUCCGAUGCAGAAAAUACAAACUCGACGAUGAAUAUGAAAGUGAACGAUGAGUUGCUAACACGUGUUGCACCUUCGGGACAGGAAGAUACAAGGACGGUGUCAACGAAACCGUUUCUAAUUCGGAACACGACCAUUGACGCUUCCACACCGACUUCGGCAUUCUCAGCAUCGGCCGUACAUGUCGAUACAAGAUUUGAUACGCUAACGGCCGUAACAACGACAACGACAAUGACAAUGACAACGACAACGACAACGACAACGACAACGACAACGACGCUUACAUCAAAUUCAUCUAUAUCUAUGAUGACAACGACGCCGACAACGGUAACGGCAGCAGCAACAUCAACGUCUACGUCAACGUCUACGUCAACGUCAACGUCAACGGCAACGAUCACGACCACGACGACAACGGCAGCUGUUGCAAGCUCCAAUUAUUACAAGCAAAUCUCAUCGACCGGUACCAGUACCGUUGCAGAUCAUUUGCAUAAUCAAUCGACUUAUAAAAAGCUGACCGAAUUGUUUGUGCACAAGAAGAAUGUACAGUCGAAUAUGCCGGAUCUUGGUUUAGGAAACAGUGGGAAAAGUAACAGUAUUGGCGGGAAAGAUUACCACCAAACGAAAACCUCGAUAAAAACAAACAAUUCCGAUGUACGUAAGCAAUUUCUAGCCAGCUUGGCGCCAUUAUCUUGCAUAACCGUCAAUAGUACAGAUACCCAAGACGAUUAUUACCGACAUAAUUCGAGGAUGGUGGUUACCGAAAAUCGUGCUUCGACAGGUGAUGCAUACAAUGCGGCUACGGCGGCAGCGGUAUCGAUUUACAAUUUCGACAAUAUGCAGGCGAAUUUGCACCGAGACGAUGGCAAUUAUAAUAUAGGUCCGCCAGAUGUUACCAGGGGUACACCAAUGAUCAUCGAUAGACCCGAUAUAGGGGAUGAUAAUACGACCGACGAAUUACUCGCAUUCGUGGAACAAGACAGAUUUAGAACCGAAAGAAUAAAGCGUCGGUACAAUGAUGAUCAAUACCAGCAGCAGCUUUCGAUAAAUGGUGGAAACAGUUACGUUGCUGACGACAAAAUCAUCGAGAAGAAUAUCGAUGGUAAGAACGAAGUUAUCGGACCUACGUAUCGUGAAAAUAUUGGUCACGAUCGCGAUCAUGACAACAACGGUAAGAAAAAUCGCGCCGAGUUACAACAACGUAUUGGCAUCGGUCGUUGUUAUACCAAUGGUAUUACAGCUACUAGUGUUGACAAUAACGACGAUCGCAAUGACAACGACGACGAGCGUGUUCACGACCAUCAAGACAACGAUGAAAAUGAUGCCGAUGCCGAUGACGACGACAACGACGACGACGACGACGACGAUGACGAUGAAUUGAACGAUUAUGGAUUUAAUCGCAGGCCAUCGGUAACAGUAAUUAAGCAACAACGACGAACAGUGAACGCUACCAACGAACCGUUUCAUCGAUCGUCUCUGAAUAACGAUGGUAGCACAAACGUUCCAAGAACGAACUUCCAUCCUUCGGUACCGGCUUGUUAUGAAAACAAUUCUAUCAAGAUCGAUAGUCGGAUCGCAUUGUACGACGAAACGAUCGACGAUCCUACUUCAAAUUCGUUCGCUGGUACUCUGCUUGCCAACGAACGAGACGCCAAUACGAUUAGUCGAAUAAAUACGAUGCAAAAACAGAUUGAUAACAUUUAUCAAACUAUCGUGGAAAAUACGAACGUGACUGGCCAAAACUCGCUUGAACGUAAGUCUUACACGGACGAUGCGUUUACGCGACAACCUCAUCUUCGGUUACCGGUCAACGAACCUGCGUUCCGUAUUUAUCAGGAACAAAAGAACAAUCAACAAUAUUUCCAAGAACAGUUAAAUACUGGAAAUGCUCGUACUUCUUUGCGAGGCAUCGCGGUCGGAGCCGAAGAGAUCGAUACUGUCGCUAGUGUCGCCGAUAACAGAGGAGAAUACACGAAUAGUUAUCCUGCGAAAAGUCGACGAAGAGAACCUCAGACAACGACACCCCCUUUCAAUUAUCAUUGUAACGUAGUGCCGACCGUGUAUACCGGACUUCCAGCUAAUACCAAAUGUUACCGGACUAUGUAUUUUGUUCCAUACAACGGCUUGUCUGAUCCAACCUAUCAAAAUAUCCAGCGUAUUUUACCAUCGCAUCCGUCUCCUAGCUAUACCAAUCACAUAGAACGGUAUCCAUACCCGAGAUCGAGCAAAAACGAUCAGUUACAAAUGCAAACGCAAACUCAAACCCAAUCGCCGUCUACUAUACCAUCUACACCUCCUAUACCCCAACUAAGAUAUUAUUACGUAGGAAAUCGUUCCUUUUCUCCGACAUCCAAUUUCCCACAAAACAAUCAUACUUCUUCGAUACGUUCCGACUCGCUCGCUCAUUCGAUGCCCCUUGAUUCCUUUUCAUCUUUCGAUUCUCGAUCAACUCCCAUCUCUUCCGCCAAUCCUCCCGUUACCUUGCAGCCUGCGCAACAAACUUUCCAUCUUCAUUUACACCAUCAUCAACAACAACAACAACAACAACAACCAGAAGAUUUUAGAAUUUCCGGUGUUGCUUUUCAUCACCAUCAGCAUCAACAUCAACAUCCGCAUCAGCAUCAGCAUCAGCAUCAACUUCAACAUCAGCAUCAGCAUCAGCAUCAGCAUCAGCAUCAGCAUCAGCAUCAGCAUCAGCAUCAGCAUCAACAUCAGCAACCUCAACAGCAUCAGCAACAGUAUGAAUACGAGUAUCAGCAUCAAAAUCAACAUCAUCAACACCAUCGACAUCAUCAUCAACCUAUGUUUUAUCGUUUACCUUCAACGAUACCAGCACAACCGCCUUCUUCGUCUUUAUCUUCUCCAUCGUCUUCUUCUUACACUGUAAUCGCACCGUCGAGAUGCGCCACAUUCACUGGUAACGGAACGACCACCAGCGAAAGUUCUUACCGUUUCUAUCAGGUACAUUUGGAUCGUGCAGUUCUCACCCCUGCGACCGAAUUACAAUCAGCUCAGACGUUUUUAUCAUCUUCUACUUCUACCUCAUUACCAUCUUCGGCAUCGUACUCUUCGUCUUUAUCGUCAUCCUUCUCUUCUUUACCACCAGUGACUGUAACUGUAGCGCCUCAACAAACUUUGUCCACCUUCGUACUUCCAAAUCAUGUUUCCGAAUCUUCUACGCAUGCUGCGAAUUUCGAUACCGUUCCUCGUACUGGGAUCGUUCAAUUAAUUUCUGGUAAUGUCGCCACUUCUACCACCACCAUCACCACCACCACCACCACCACCACCACCGCCUCUACCAUCGCUAGUACCACUUGUUCCUCAUCUUCCUCUUCUUCAUCGUCCUCUUCAUCUUCGACUUCAUCCUCGUCAUCGUCAACUUCCUCCUCUUUAUCUUAUUCCUUCUCUUCUUCUUCUUCUGCCUCUUCUUGCUCAUCCUCGUCGUCCUUGCAGAUACCUUGUUCACCUUCAAAGUUACAACAACAACAACAACAACAACAACAACAACAACUUGUAGAUCCUUAUACGGAAAUGGAGCGUGGAGUUCCAGAAGGAGCGGCUAGCGUAUCCGGCCAUGAUGUACCGCAAUCUGGAAUUUUACUCGCGUCUAAAUCUUACAUCGGACAUAAUUCUUUACCAACUCAUACGCAAAAUUCAGUAUACUAUGCAAUGAACGUUUAAAUACAAUAUAUAUUUAUAUUGAUAUACGAGAUAUUAAGAAAGCCUCGCGUUUAUGCAGAACGUGAAGAAAAUGUGAAAAAUGCGAAUAAUGCGAGAUUGUACGUCGUCGUCAUCGUCAUCGUCUAUUUCUCCUGAAUAAACACGAUUGUCAAUAAACUUAUGUACGUCUAUCUCUCGCGUGAUAUCAGAAAUAUUCGUGUAAUAAGAAAAUAGGAAAACGAGCAUCGUUUGCGUGUCAUUUUUAUUAAAAAUACAAACACGCGAAACGCCCAUCGAGUACAUAACCAGGUUUUCCUGAAAUUAUGCGAAAUCGAAUGCAAUGCUUAAGAAUCAACGACUCAGGGUCUGUAUAAUCUUGCAAAAUAUGUAUACAUAUUUCGUUUCGUUUUAUAAGCUGUACACCGCCGGCAUACAUACGUAUUUACGUACGUACGUACGUCUAUGCCCCAGAUAGUACAGGAUGUCUUAAAGACGUCCAUAUUACGACCAUUUUAGGUCUGAACGUUUUACGACCUUAUCUGGACGUAUCUGAAUAUCUGGAACAGAUAUCUUUACAAUGUUUUACCGAUGUCUCUGUGCUAUCUGGGUGCAGUAUACUUACAUUAUAAUUCAUUCUAGUCACGAUAACUUAGGACUUGUACUUUUCAUCAGAAAUAUAAACCAAAGAACGUACGAAACGUUCCUCUGUACCUACAUGUAAGAAUAUAGCUGACAACAAUUAUUUUAAAUAGAUGAGAUAAUCCAAUUUUUGCGGCGGAAUUGAUUAAAUAAUUAGGAAAAUUGUAUAGUGAAAAAGAAGGGUUGCAGCCGAUGUGCGAAUAAAGGUACACGCCACUUUGGUUACCAUACAAUGUAAUGCUCAAAAUUAUGUUUUAUUAUCAUGCAUACAUAAAUAUGUAUAGAAUACCGUUGAAAGAGCAUACGACGAAAAGAAAAAACAACAGAAUUCUAUGGUAAUUGUACUCGCUUGUCAUUACGGAAUAUUUUUGAUAUCGAUUUUUCUAAUUUACAUUCCUACAUAUCUAUGAUAAUAUUUCUUUCGAUCUUUUUCCUUUAUUCCUAUUCCAAUUUCCGAAACGGAAAUUAGUCUGUUGAAAAACGAAGCAACCAAUGAUAUUUUAUUUCACCUUCUAUCUCGCGCCAAACAAGACGAGGAAAUAAAAGAAGAAGAAAAAGAAGAAGAAGAAGAAGAAGAAAAAAAAUAGUGUUCAAACGCAAGACCAAAUAGGGGCAAUCAUUUGAAAAACAUUUGUAACCCGUAUAAUAUAGUACUGUAUAUUAUUUUCUUCGGUCUAUGUGAAAUGCAGAAAAUACAUUUACACGUAUGAAGCGUACAUACAUCAAGACACCUCACAUCAUCAUCAUCAUCAUCGCCAUUUUUAUUUUCAUGAAAAUUUCAAAUUAAAUUAUCUCGUAUCGAAAAACAUAUUAAAACGACUUAUUGGCGGUAGUCUUAGGUGUGCGCUCAUUAUUCGAGUGCAAAAUAUCCCAAUUCUAUAAUGUAGCGAUAUCUAAUAGUAACAAAACCGUAUCGACGUGUUAGAAGAUAAUAGAAAAUAAACAAACAUUCGAUAUCAGAAAUUAUAUUCGAAUGUAAUCAGUUUUAUUCCAACCGGUAUAUAGAUACUACCAAACUUUUACGAUAAAUGACCGAGUUUAGAAACAAGUUUUACCUGUACUAUAGCGUACUCGAUUGUUCCGUAAUAUCGUAAAAAAAUGUAUAUAAAUAAAGUUUUAAUCACAC